UUUAGCGAGAAACGACGUCGGCGGAUGAGUUGUACAAUGAACGCACCUGAUGCCUUAGCCGACCUGCCACCAUUUAAAAGCGUCCGGACAAACGAAGCCCGACCCGAGCUGUCGCAUUCCACACCCCAACCCCCAACCACCUGGGCUUCAACACCAACUUCGGUAAGCAAUUUGGAGCUUCUACGCUCCCAUCCAUCCGAUCGAAACAGCGAACCGGGGCCGUGGGUGGGUGGUUGGUUCGGGUCUGGUUGGCUUGUAUCCGACUUGUUCGACUACACACAGUUCUGAAAGACUGAAACUGAAAUAAAUUUGGGGAGCAUUGACUGCACCUCUACGUCAUAGUAGUAACGGAUGGCUUUUCACAGAAUGGAUGGCCUUUCUCCAUUCUGUGAAAGGCGAAAGCAAUUAAUCAUAUAUUAAAUGCCAAAGAAAAAAGACAAUUGCUCUACGCUUUACUAAAGUUGCGUUUCAGCAGCUCAACCACCCCAUUGACCGCUUCGUAUCGCAUCCUUUUCACCACAGUCUAACUAGACUCCCUCUCUUUGUGCCAGUAGCUAAAGAUGGGAAAGAAGCAUGUCAUGGUGCCGGCCCAGGAGGUUGACUUAUCCACCGUCAAGUACGAACCCGAAUCUAUCCAAGCACCGCAUUUAACGGGGUUCAUAUUCAAGGUUUUUGUGAGCAUAAUUGAAGCGCCGGUGAUAGGCUCCCUACUCAUAUCUUACUUGAAGAAGAAGAAUAAAUUCAUCGAGUUGUUGCGGAAUACGGUGAUACCAGAGGCUCCCAUGUUUAAACCUGAGUUUCCUCCUCAAGAACCAGAACAUGGCGUUGUCACCCUCCAUGAGGACGGGCAACCAGAAGACCGAGUUGAAUCGGCUUUGAAGUGUCUUCCAGAUUACGAUCUUCCUGGCAGCUGGAAUGGGAAUCAAGAUCCACCAUUCAAGUACUGGAAGAUCCGUGAUUAUGCUUAUGCUUAUCGGUCUGGGCUUGCGACCCCAUCUAUAGUGGCAGAGCGCAUCAUCCCAAUUAUCGAGGAGUUCAGCAGUAAGAAGCCCCCGCAACCAUUGUUGAUUUCCUUUGAUGCUGAGGAAGUCAGGAAGCAAGCUGCAGCGUCUACAAAAAGGUUUGAGGAAGGAAAACCGUUAUCUAUAUUGGAUGGGAUUUUCAUGGCAAUCAAGGAUGAUAUAGAUUGCCUUCCUCAUCCAUCUAAGAGUAAAUGGCUAUGGAUUUUUUUUUUUUUUGAAAAAAGUAUUUGUCAGACUUUAUUUGAUGUAUUAGCAAACUCACAGUAUCAUUUUAUUGUGACAGGCGGUAGUACAUGGGUGCAUCAGGUUCGCUCUGUCAAAAAGGAUGCGGUUUGUGUUUCAAGACUGCGAAGCUGUGGUGUGAUCCUUUUAGGGAAAGCAAAUAUGCAUGAGUUUGGCAUGGGUACGACUGGAAAUAACCCUAAUUUUGGAACAGCAAGAAAUCCUCAUGCACCUGAAAGGUAUACUGGUGGAUCUUCCUCAGGUCCUGCAGCAAUUGUAGCUUCUGGACUAUGCUCUGCUGCACUUGGAACAGAUGGCGGAGGUUCAAUCCGUAUUCCUUCAUCCCUCUGUGGUGUAGUGGGCUUCAAGACAACGUAUGGACGGACGGAUAUGGAAGGAUCAUUAUGUGAUGCCGGGACCAUGGAGAUUAUUGGACCAAUUGCGUCAACAGUGGAGGAUGUCAUGCUAGUGUAUGCAGCAAUCUUGGGAUCCUCUCUUGCAAGUAGAAACAGUUUACAACCGUCCGCACCUUGUUUGCCAAUACUGUCAGCACACGACAGUUUAAACGCUUUGGAAUCAUUGCAAAUUGGAAAGUAUACAACGUGGUUCAAUGAUGUAAACUCGACUGAUAUUUCUGAUAAGUGUGAAGAUAUUCUAGGUCUGCUGCGCAGAACUCAUGGUUGUAGAAUGGUGGAGAUUGUUAUACCUGAGCUCCAUGAGAUGCGCAAUGCUCAUCUUGUUUCAAUUGGAUCUGAAAUGCUGUGUUCCGUGAAUCCUGAUUGUGAGGAUGGGAAAGCUGCAAGAAUGACGUACGAUACUCGUACUAAUUUGGCCCUUUUUCGAUCGUUUACCGCAUCAGACUAUGUUGCUGCCCAGCGUCUCAGGCGAAGGAUUAUGUACCAUCACAUGGCAAUAUUCAAGAACGUUGAUGUCAUAGUGACCCCAACAACUGGCAUGACAGCUCCCAUGAUACCUCCUAGUGCGCUUCUACAUGGUGAGACAGACAUGCAGGUUACAGGUGAUCUUAUGCGGUUUAUCCUUGCAGCAAAUCUUCUUGGACUUCCUGCCAUUUCUGUGCCUGUCGGUUUUGAUAAACAAGGACUUCCAAUAGGUUUGCAACUAAUAGGCCGUCCAUGGGGUGAAGCUUCCCUUUUGCGUGUGGCUUCUGCUAUAGAGGAGCUGUGUGUAAAGUCCAAGAAGAGGCCUGUAUCUUUUUAUGACGUUCUGAAGACUAACUAAAGUGCUGCCUCUUGCUGCUCGUGAUAGCCAUUUGUUAAAAAGCAAUAUGUCAGGAUUCUAUGCUAAUUGGCUCACUUCCAACAUCAGUUUCCUCGGUGAAAUUGAUCCGUUGUGACAAUAACUAUCCAUCUUCUAUUGGAUAAGUUGUAGACGUUUUCAUCAACUUCCUAGAGGUUUGUAUGUAAUGGGCUUAAGCACGAGACUCGGUCAUGUAGUUGUCAUGGAAACAGAUAAAGAGACUGAAUUGCUUUGAGAGUCA